AUGAGGUUCCAUAACAGACAGAAAGAUUGUGACAAUUUGAUCCUACGGGUGGCAGAUUCCCCCAUAAUUACAAAUAGCUGCCAAACUAUAAAGUUCCUAGAUACCUUGGCUCAAGAACUGGAAUCAGAAAGGAAGUCUAGGCAGCAGCAAGCAGAGAGAGAAGUGAAGUCUCCUCUACAGGACAGGUCUGGAUAUUAUAAGAGUUCAGUGAUGUUCACUAGCAGUGCGACAUAAAGUAAUAGAGACUGGAAAUUGGACACUUAUCUGAAAAGUAUAAACGCGUACAGACAUAUGUAGGUAGCGUCUUUUGUAUGGAUGAACAUAACAUGUUUAUCAAAAUGUUAUGUUAAUAAGUCCAUAUUAUGUAAAAUAAUAUUAUUUUGUGAAUACCCGGAUGAUAGUUCGUAAGAACAAGAACAAGCUGGAAGAUUUGUCUUUUCCCGUAGAAAAUACACUUGAACUGCCUGGGGAAAAACUGGUCAAUCUGUCGUCUCCGGCUUUCGAUACGAGUAAUUCAUGGAUCGCCCAUUACAUAAAUACGAUAUUAAAUCACAACUUUUUAUAAAGGAUUGUAUUUCAUGCGAAUGUCAGAUUAUCAGCGGUGUAACGAUAACACUGUUUUUACUAUCCAAAAUAUAAUUCAUUACUCUGCACUGAUUUAUAAUCCCUGCAACUAAUUUAUGACAUUUUUAUAAUCAUGUCGAGUGGACUACGUUGACGCGUCGGUCGAUGCUCGUUUACUGUCUGGACUGGGACUACUGCUUUCGCCAUCUAGUCUGGUAUUUAUUCCCCUAUCGACGAGUCGAGGAACAUUCUAGCAUUUUCGCGAACCUUCAUAGAAGUGGUCUAGAUGGCAUCACAUGUAUCUCCAGACGCGUCGAUGAUUUGCAAUGGUGUAGCGAACGGACCAGAAACGCGACAACGCUCCAUAUAUGGUUGCGUAAUUCUGGUUGCCUUAGGCGUCGAUCGCACUUCUGGCCAUCUGUCGAGUUUUCUAGUUGAUGUACGAGGAUGAAUCUCGCUGGUACCCAGAGUUCCAGUAAUACGAGGGCGUUACAGAAUGUAUUGUGAUCCACCAGUACUUACCAUAGAACGUGAUAUUUGUAGAGCCAG